AUGAGCACCGGCUCUGUCGCCCGCCCCGUCACCAACGCCCUGCGCGCCGCGUCAGCUCCACUCGCCUCGUCGUCUCGCACCUCGUUGUCGCUCGCUCCGGCUCCACCUCGAGCUCGUACCCGGCAGAACAGCCACCUCGUGCCCUCGGCCAACGCCGCUCCGCCUCGCAAGAAGCGCACCAUCCUCGACCUACAGGCCCUCAAGCGCAAGAACGUCCCCAUCACAAUGCUCACCGCCCACGACUUUCCCUCGGCCCGGUUCGUCGAGUCGGCAGCGCGCCUCUCGCCCUCGUCGUCCCCAACCUCGUCGUCCUCUGCCGCCUACCCUCGAGGCGUCGACAUCUGCCUCGUCGGCGACUCGCUCGCCAUGGUCGCGUGCGGCUACUCGUCGACGUCGGACCUCACGCUCGACGAGAUGCUGUACCACUGCCGCUCGGUCGCGCGCGGGUGCACCACGUCGCUCCUCCUCGCCGACCUCCCGUUCGGCACCUACUACGCAUCGGUCGACGACGGCGUGCGCGCCGCCGUCCGCCUCGUCCAGGAGGGCAAGAUGGACGCCGUCAAGAUCGAGGGCGGGCUCGAGAUUGUGCCGCUCGUGCGCCGCCUGUCCGAGGUUGGCAUCCCCGUCAUGGCCCACAUUGGCUUGACGCCGCAGCGUCAGGCGGCCCUGAGCGGGUACCGCGUCCAGGGCAAGACGGUCUCGAGCGCGCUCAAGGUGUGGCACGACGCGCUCGCGCUCCAGGACGCCGGCGCGUUCGCGCUCCUCGUCGAGGCCGUCCCGAGUCGGCUCGCGGCGUGGAUGACGGACCGCCUCAAGGUGCCGACGAUCGGCAUCGGCGCGGGCCAGGGCGCGUCGGGCCAGGUGCUCGUCCAGCUCGACAUGCUCGGCGUCGACUCGGACCUCGGCGCCGAGGGCAAAGGCCCGCGGUUCCUCAAGCGGUUCGCCGACGUCGGCGAGCAGGCGAGGCGGGCCGUGCGCGACUACGUCGAGGAGGUGCGCCUCGGGUCGUUCCCGAGCGAGGGCACGCACACGUACCCGAUGAGCGACGAGGCGUUCGAGGGCUUCCUCGCUCGGCUCGACGAGGAGGAGGCGGCCAAGAAGGCGUAG